UGUAUCAAUUUGCAUGUUGGUAUGGCGUCGAGAAUACAAAACGAUCCCUUCUAGAAAAAUGUCGUAAUUUGCACAUUUUACGUCGCCAAGGACCCCACAGCGAAGUCAUUCGGUUCAAAAUCUGUUUGUGUGUCGCUGUGUGCACCGCUAAGCAAAAAUCAGCGUAGAGGAAACUUAGCAUCAACGUUUUAUUAAUCUGCAAAGCUUCCUCGGAUUUUUGGUGGAAGGAGAAUGUUUACGGACUGGCAAACAGACGCUGGCGGCCUGCUAGCACUGCAGGAAAAACGUCCGCUACACCCACAGAAGGACCAACGUCUGCACACCAGGAGAAAGUCCGCUCCGGCGAGCAACAACAACAUGCUGUGGCACCAUCGGCGGGCCGCCAUGUUUUUCGAGGAACAAAAACUUAAGAAGCAGCUAGAUCUUCUGGAGUUUGAAGAAAGGGAGUCGAAGAUUAAACUGAGGAAUAUGGAGAGAGAAUUACGAAGUGACUUGAGGAGAAUGCGGAUGGAGCUAAGGUCUCGGGGGCUAUCCGGGGCUACAAAUCAGGGACUACGUUUACCGACAGGUAUCGUGGUGACGGACGAACAUGGCGACGACUGUGAGGUCGAAUUUCUGUCUCUGACCAGGACGACUUACUCCAGAGAAACACAGGUGUCACCGGUUGCCAGUUGUUUGGACUCCAUGCGGCCCAGUUCGGUAAAACAACAGAGCAAUUCGCUUCCGCACUACGUCUUACCCAGCAGCCCUUCUGCUCUCAGUACAGAGGUACCUAAUGACAACUUGUCAGAGAGCGGAUGCAAAUCUUCAAAACGUGGCAGAGCCAAGACAAUGACUAAUCUAAAGACUACAACAGGCGAAAGCCGCGUGAGGCGUCGCCCAAGGUCUGCCUCAAUGUCAAAUGUGGAUCCCUCUCUGCUGGUUCCCAGUCCGAAUCCCGCGCAGGUUUUGUCUCGCGAGCGGGCGACUUCCACGGACAGUCUCGACACCGGGUCCUCUCAGUCGACCCCCGUGUAUUUUCAGACUGAUCUUUCGGACCAAGAAGACAGUGUAAAGACGAAAUACACGCCUCUUGUGACAGAAUUAUAUGCUAAUGAAAUACUCAGAAUACAGCCACGUCAAUGUGUAUCAGAGAAACCGUGUGAUUCCUCGGAUUCAGAGUUUUUGGAGGGCAGAUUGAAGACGGAUCUGCCAAAGAAUUUGUCAGAUGGCGUCAAAUGUCGUGUGAAAAUGUGGCUACAGAAGUCACGCGAGAAAGAACGAGACCUGGUGAAAUCUCGCACAGAAACCCCUCAAAGGGUGACCCAAGAUCAACUCUCACUGUCGCCAGUACCACAGAAAAUGUACGACAGUGAAGGUCAAAAGAAUCGCCUGCCAAACGUCUUUGAACGGCUCUCUCAGGGGCACUUGAAGACAAGAAGGCCGCCUUUACCGAGAAGAAUCGUCAAAUGUGACCUAGAAAGGAGCGUUGCAUCUGCAUGGGAGCAGGCAAGAAAGUGUCGGUAUAUAAGAAACUACGUACCACCAGAUAGAAGAGGUCGUUUCUCUACUUGAAAUGCACAUAUGCACGUGUGUGAAAUGUUGUUUUGCAACACAUAUAUUGCAAUUAAUUUAACCGUUGAAAUGUGGUCAUCUGGUAAGUUAAAACUGACGGUUUGUACUACAAACGUGUAUAUUACCUAUUUCAUCUGUUGACCUGUACUUAGCCCGAUAGGGCAUGAAUGUACAAUAAAGGUUAUUAUUAUAACGGUUAUUAUUAUUAAUAUAUUAUUUCCAGCAUUUGGACUCUCGGACUAACUUGACAUUGCAAGAGGAUAUCUUUAAAACUUUGUUUUUCCAAAAGGAAAUUCACAAAUGUUAUCUUCCUGUGUAUGAAUAGAAUAUUUUCUAUUAAGUAAGUAUUAGCAUGACGCAAAAUUUAUGUAGUGUGCCGAAUUUCCCAGUCCUGAUUUAU